CACCCGCCAGCCGGAGCUCUCGCGAGAGUUUGCAUAAAGGCCCCGCCCCCACCCCCCGUUACCAGGGGCAACCGACAAAACUCAGAUGAACCGCAACUUCAACCUCCAGAAAUAGUACAUGGUCGGUGUAAGCCUGGCUUCCAGCUCAACAGCAAACCGAAUGGCUGAAAACAGGUUGCUUUCAUGCCUGAAUCAUUCUAAAUGAUGAAAUACAGCUCCAUUUCAUCAUGGGUGAAGUUCGUGUUGUUCCCAGUGGAAAAAUCUACAGGCAAAUCUUCGAUGCUGAGGUUCAACUUGUCCGUACAUUGGGGGAAACAAGAAGAAAGUCCAAGCACCAUGCAGUUCCCCUUGAAAGUGGGAGAAUUCCCAUUGUUCGACGUUUGGACACACCAACAGGACACAUUUUCUCAACUCGGCAGCGUACGUGGAUGGAAGGGCUGUUAAAUGAUGGCAUAACUGAAAAUCCAGUGCUACACAGAAAUGCAGUCCUUUCAGCCAUUAAGCCUAAAGAGGUUGUUGAACAGAACAAUGCGGUGAGAGAGGUGAAAGGUCUUCCUGAUGUAGUUGUUCCUGCAAGGUUAGGUUCCAGCAUUAUUCCUCAUCUGCUUGCUGACAAGCAGGGAAACCAUGGGGCAACAGUGAAGAAGUUAGAAGAAGAACUGGCUGCUAUCAGCAGGGAGUUGGAGAAGCGAUUUACUGAAGCUGCAGAAUACCUACUGCAGGAAGUGGAGAAAUCUUGUCAAACCAUUCAGGAACUGUGGUCAAAGACAGAAAAUAACACCGAUAGUACCGCAAAAGCAUUUGAGAAUCUACAGGAAGUAUGGGAAGCUAUUGUGAACCAAUCACUGCACAGGAGAAAAUUAAUCAACGAGCUUGAUAAAACUUACAAAGAUUUUGAAAAAGAGAGAGUGAAGAAGGUAACUGCUGUUUUGAAGGACUGCUUGGAAGCUUUGGAAACAAUCGCUUAUAUCCCAUCAGGUGAUAUUCAUCGAUUUAUAGAUAAAGAAGCCAUGCUUAUAAACCAAGCUUUGCUGGCAAAUCAAAGAGCAAUGAAUAAGCUGUAUGUGAAUCUGAUGGAGACUGAUCUGAUACAUGGACUGUCAGAGCGGCAGAAGUGUAACUUGAAAGUGCAAGAGUUGAAUACUCGGCAGAAGAAUGAAGUCCUUCAGAAUUUCAAAGAUUUUUUAGCAAAGGAUUGGAAUGCUGGAUUAAAAAAUGAGAAACAUUUAUUGGUGCAAGAACAACAAAAUCUAAAUUACAAACGGAUUCAGCGUCUAGAAGACGUUGUAAACAUGAACCCCUUUGACUUAAAUAAAGCCACACUGCUUCAGUGGUAUGACUCCGUACGAGCCGUAAAUCAGGAGAUAGAUUCCCUCCAUAUCCAAUAUGCAAGUAAAUUACAGGUAUAUCAUGAAAAGGUGUAUCAUGAGUGGAUGACAGAACUUGAUAAAUCUGAGGAGAUGCUUGUGAACUCAGGGGUGUGUACAAGAGAAGAGGCCAAAAAUCUGAUAGUUUCUGACUUUCUUCCAAUUAUUGGCAAUUUACAACGUGUGUUUGAAAAUGAGCAAUUCAACGUGGAGAAACACAUGGAGAUCUUGGAUCAGCAGAUGGAACGUCAGUGUAAGUGGAUAUAUUCUGUUAUCAAGGAAGCCACUCAACUGUGGGAGGUGCAUCAGGAAAUCCUAGCUGAACAGGAGCAGCAGCUGAAAGACCGGAUAGAUAACUGUCGUAAAAAACACGACAAAUCGAACCAGAUGAGGGAAGCCAAUCUAGAUAUGCUCAUUGACCAACUAAGACAGAGGAACUCAGAAGGAGAAUUGAAAUCAGACCUCAAAAAAGUCAAAUGCCUGCUGGAUGGGAUUAAAAGAGGAUAUGAGGACUUUUACCAAAAGCAGAUGGAAAUUGUUAAUAAUUAUCCUUCCACAUCAGAAAAGGAGCUGCUCAGAUUCAGUACCGCUAUCAGUAAAUGUUUUGAUGUUAUUGAAAUCUACAAGCCGAACAAGCCGAAGAUAAUAAUAGAUGCUCCUUCAGAGGUAGCCUCUGCAGAUGAAGUUGCCGUUACCCAAUCUGAAAUGAGCGAAGACAUUCAUGGAGAUAUUCCAGAUGAAAGUGAAAGGAAUGAAAGCACGAGGGAAGAAGCUUCAGAUCUGUCAGUCACUCCUCAUAGUGAGGAAGGAGCAGAACUUUCAGGUCAAGAAACAAGCUCUCAUAUUCAAGGCAUCAGCAUCGAAAGUAUCUCCAAACAGGACGAAACUGAGGAAAGUAGAAAUGCCAGCGAUUGGUCAGACCAGGAGUUAUCACGUUAUACAAGCCAGCACUUAUCUGAGGAAGCGUCUGAGGAGAAGAUGGGGGCAAUCUCCCCCAAGGAACAAAGUGGUGCUUUGGAAGAAACAGAUCAUGGCAAAAUGUCCACUAAAUCUGAGCAUUUCAAAACCUCAAAGGGGAACAUCUACACAGUGAUGUUGCACAAAAAAGGCAAAAACAGUAUGAAUGUGAUCUCUUUCCUGACAGAAACUGAAGAACAGAAGCAUCUUCAAGACUACAUGAAACAUGCAUUCAUCCCUGAAGCAAUAUUUCUGGAUUUAAAGAAAAAGGUGCGCUUGAACUUCUUUGAACUCUUAGAGGAUUGGUAUGAUAAAGCCAUGAAUAAUGCCAAGAAUAUUGCUGUGAUUAAGAAGAAAGAGUUCAAAGCGGAGUUGGAGCUGCGAAAGCACCUGCAUGAGCCCAGAGAAAAACGCAUUAAGAUGGAUGUAUUCAAUGUCAGAGCUGUGGAACUGCGCUUGCACAGGGACAGAGUCAAGCGUCACUGUAGAGGAGUGGAAGAAGUUUUGACAAAACUGAAAACGGAUUUUAGAACACUUCAGUCAGAGCACUGCAAGUCCAUUGUGGAGUUCCGUAACAAUAUUCACAACUUGGAGGAGAUCUUUAAAACUGCAAUUAAAUCUGAAAGGCUAAUUAAUUUACUAAAUUCCCUUCACAACAAGCAGGAGAAAUACAUGAAUUCUGUCAACAAAUUAUUUCGCGAAUUUCAGAAUAUGCUGGACAAAUCUCUAGGAAAAUUGCAAGAUGACAACGCACAAUUUAUCACAUCAUUCAGGUUAUUUGCAAAUGGUGGUAACUAUACACCACAAGAAAUUCAGGAGUACAAUGAGAGAAUCGAAGAGGUAACCAGUGGCAUUGCCAAUACAGAAGGGUCAGUCAUGGUUGAUUUAGAAAUAAUGGAGGCCAUGUCCUUAGAGCAGUCUACUGCAGUGAUCAAAGAGACUGAAGACAAAUAUACGCGUUACACAUUGGAUUUGAUCUUCAUUGAGAAAAUUAAACGAUUUCUAACUAACGCUCAGACAAAAAUUAAAACUGAGGUGGCCCUCAGCAACAGCCAUACUGUGAAUAUAACUUCCCAUCUUGAACAGUUUGAAAGAAAAAUAGAUGCAUGUGCCCGACCCAAUCUGGACAAAGAGGUUGUUUUGCCUAAGGAACUGCAUCACUUCUCCAAGAUUAUCCAGGACCUUAUGGAAAAGAGGGCUCUCUAUCUCAACUGCUUGGUGGAUUUAGUCAUAAUAGAAGCUCCCCUCCAAGGGCAAAUUGCCACAGCCGCUCAUGUUGAGUUUCAGACAAGGGAGACUAAAAUAAAUGAGAAUCUGCUGCUGCCCUCCAGAAAGGGAAAAGCCCCCACUGAAGAUGUGGCUGUUACUGUCAUCAAAGAAAUAUUACAUGUCCAUAAAUCGGAAGUGUUACCUGAUACGGACCUUGAAACAGCUGAUGACAUAUCUACAGUUAAAGCAGCAUCUCAAGUGUCGUUUGGUUCUGCUUCACAAAAUGCACGCUCUACAGCUGUAUCUUCCAAAGGGCAAAAGGCAACAACACCGAGUGCAAUUAAAUAUUCGAAGGUAAACCGUUUUGACCCAAGGUAUCAAGUUUUUGGAGAAACAGUAGAAAAAUCUGACCAAUUUAAAGGAUCAAUAACUUUCAUUUUGUGGGAGAGUACUAAUGCCUUAAUGGCAGUUGCUGAGGACUAUUAUAAAAAGAAGGAUCGACAACCAGUCUACCGACCUGAAUAUCUGAGGGACACAUUUGAACAAUGCGCAGAUGAGCUAAUUCAAAAGAUGCUGUCGUAUCAAGCUCAGGCUGAUAUUUAUCACAGUAACUGUCUGCAAGAGUUCAGAGAGCAGCUAAAAAUGUUUGAGGAGUUGGUCUCCUCUGUACCUCCAUUCCUAAUUGAAGAGGUUCUCAAGCAGCACUUGGACUUGAUCACAAAGACCUUGGCAGAAAAACGCUCCAUAUUCAGGGAGAAAUUAAAUCACCUGGAGAACACAAAGAAUGAGAACAAACGCAGGUUGCGACCAAUUUUGGGCCAUCCAAACAAUGCGGAGGUGCUGGAGAGUUUGUGCAAAGAGGAGGAAGAAAGACAGAAUGCUGAGGCCGCAGAAAUCAAUAGAAAUGUAAAGGACCAGAAGCACUGCAUUCUUGAACAUGCCCAGAACUUUGUGGCUACACUCUCCUCUCUCUCUGAACAGCUCCUCCUGGAAUAUGACAACUUCCUCAUUGUUGAUAAUAUCCUGUCUGCUCAACCAGAAGCAGCAGGUGAAACUACCCGUCAGAAGCGAGCUGGACCCCUCUUACAAGAGGAUGAAAAUACUUCCACUACUGAGAUGUCCCGUGAAAGCAGAACUUGGCCAGGAAUUCCAGCUUAUGAGCUUUCACAAAUUUGUAAGCUUUACAACGUCCAGAGAACUGCAUCCAUGGCACCAUUGUUCGUGGAGACUGCGUCUGUGACAACUGUGAAGACAAUAUUGGCUGACCUGGCUGUAAUUAGGUCGAGAGACGCUGCUUAUGUGAAAUACAAGCAGCAUUUUCUGCAGGAGAUGUCACAGAUAGAACGUGAGACAGAGGGGCUGCUGAUUAAUGCCCAGAAUUGGCGAGAUGGCUGGAGAGAUUCAGUAGUGAAUAUAAUGAAGUUGUAUGCCCUGGUCCGACCUCGUUGUGUUAUUCCUGAUCCUGCACUUUAAGUUGCCCAAUACUUGCUCAUCAGUUAUAUUUUAAUUCACUAAACUAAUAAAGAUGUAUAUUUGAUUUUCUCAA